AUGCAUACGUUCAUUUCGAUAGUUGGCCUCCUUUGUCUGUUGACACCCAUCUUGGCUGGUCCCAUUCAGAGGCCCAAUAAUGUAAUACGUCGAUUGAACCAGCCACAGAAACACUAUGUCGUGAACAGCCUCCUCUCAGCGACUCAUCGACGGCAGCAGAGGCGACAAGCUCCGACAGAUCCGGCGGACAAGGCGGCCGCAACGCCAACCACGACGAGUCUCAACCCGUUCGCAGCCCAGACCGGGAGUGGAACGGAAAAUGGAGCGGUCCCAGCGGUCGGCGUGGGAGGAGAUAAUACCAGUCUCAUCAGCCUGUUGACGCAGACCACGAUCGAAGUAGCCACACAGACGGCGACACCCAGCGAGACGACGACUUCGACAACAGAGAGCUCCACUGCUGAACAGACGACUUCUUCUGACGGAUCUACGACCAACACCGCUGGGCCGGUGGGCUCCGGAACAGCCAUUCAGCCCAAUGCAGCGCAGACCGGAGCACAAGACGAGUCGACCACGACCGUGACAGUGCAAGCCCAAACGACCAUCUUCCAGACUGUGGUUGUGACCUCUGAAGUCACUGCGUCAACUCCUGACUCUGGCGCCGUGACUGCACCAACAGCUUCAACCACCUCGUCCAACUCUGUGCCAGAUGCUUCUCCUCCCGCGUCCAGCACAGGAGCUGGAGAUCAAGGAGACCAACAGCCCGCCGGGGCCGUCACGAUCGUGUUUGUUACCGCCAGUCCGACGUUUACUGGCCCGAUUGCCGGAUACACGACGCUGACGCCAGACGACGCGAAUGGCAACACUGCAGGCACCGCCACCGACCACCAACAAGAGCCGACGUCGACAAGCACCACCAUCACCACCACCACGACUCCAGCGAGUGCAACUGACGCGUCUCCAUCGCCUUCAUCAACUUUGCCCGAGCCACCUGCGCAAGCCACACCAAGCGCCCCAACGACAUCACCAGUACCGGGAGUUGCACCUCCAGCGACCGGGACAACCACCUCUGCAUCGGCGACGAAUGGACUGGCUGUGAUUCCAGUGACGCCCAAUCCAGUACAAGCACAGGCGACGGUGACGGUGACUGAGACGGUGACGACGACCGUCACGGAGCGGCGGUAG